UAGUGGUUUAUUCAGAUCUACGCACUAGGACUAUAGCUUACUAAAAGCGCUGUACAGAUUAAAGAGUAUUUAAUCAAACUUUGGUGCUAUAUAUCGGGGUUAUGUACUGGUGUAGCAGAGGUUAGGCAAAUCAUAUACCCCGUUUAGAGAAGUCAUCAUGCAGUCUCAGACAAGAGUGUUGAUCUUUGUGGCCGUGUCCGUGGGCAUCGGUUCGUUCGUGUUGGGAAUUCUUAUCGGACAUUUCGGCAUCCCCGACGGUUCGUGCUCUACCUCGCCGUCGUCGUCGCAAUCGACCACCACACCGACCGAAAAUGAGACCAUUAGCGAGCUGAUGAUCGCGGAGUGUUCGGCAGAAAACAUCGAGGAGAAUGUAAGACAAUUAAGCAGACGACCUCACUUGGCGGGAACGCCAGCUGAGAAGGAGAAUGCUGAGAUGCUUGUCAAUCUCUGGACGGAGUACGGAUUCGAUUCGGUUCGGUUGUUAUCCUACGAUGUACUCUUGGCUUAUCCUGAUCCGGAAAAUCCGAACAAGGUGAUGAUAACAGAUAAUGGAGUACCAGUCUUCACCAGUGCUCUGACCGAGGCUGUCCUCCGACCUGAGGAUAAUAAUACAGACGCUGUACCACCGUUCAACGCAUACUCAGCAAAGGGAGAACCAGAGGGCCCUCUGGUCUACGUCAACUAUGGCACUGCUGAUGAUUUCGACUGGCUUGCCAAGAAUCGACCCGAUAUCGAUGUCAACGGGGCAAUCGUCAUCGUCAAAUAUGGAAACAACUUCCGUGGACAAAAGGUUUAUAACGCACAAAUAGCAGGUGCUGCAGGAGUCAUUAUGUAUUCGGAUCCGGUCAACCAUGCACAUGAUGGUACCGAGGCGGUCUAUCCGAAUGAGUGGUGGCUACCGGAUAGCGGUGUGCAAAGGGGAAACGUGUUUGUUGGAAAUGGAAAAGGAGAUCCGGUUACUCCCGGGUAUCCGGCUAAACCAUUUAUGUACCGGUUAAACGAAUCGGAUCCCUCAUUACCUACAAUCCCGGUUCAUCCAAUCUCAUACGGUGAUGCACAGCAGUUGUUGAGUGAACUUGCAGGUGACGAGGUUCCUGAUGCCUGGAAGGGAGGUCUCAACAUCACAUACAGAUUCGGACCAGGUUUCACUAAUCCCAACAGAAAGGUGAAAUUGAGCAUACAUACUUCACGAGAGAUUCGAACCAUCUACAACGUAAUUGGUGUCAUCAACGGAGCAGUUGAACCAGAUCGAUACGUGUUGCUAGGCAACCAUCGUGAUGCCUGGGUUUACGGUGCAGUCGAUCCAUCCAGUGGUACAGCCAUUCUCAUGGAGACAACAAGGGUCUACUACCAGAUGCUAAGUCAAGGUUGGCGGCCACGAAGAUCUGUGAUGUUUUGUAGUUGGGGAGCUGAGGAGUAUGGCCUGAUAGGAUCUACCGAGUUCGUAGAGGAAUAUCAAAAGAUUCUUAACGAGAGAGCUGUGGCCUAUAUCAACAUUGACAGUGCGGUGGUCGGAAACUAUACUUUCGGGGCAAGAGCAACGCCUCUUUUGCAGCAAGCUGUUUGGGACGCAGCCAAACGGGUCCCUGAUGGUGAGACUCAGGAGCGGUCAGCCUAUGAUGUCUGGUUGGAACGCGUUCCCGAUCCUAGGACCGGAAAACCUUUCACAGCAGUGAUCGGAUCGGGAAGUGAUUACGCUCCGUUCAUGCACAGGAUCGGAGUCCCAUCAACUGAUCUUCUGUAUGUCUACGACUUUAUACGACUAGGACUAUCGUCUUAUCCCGUAUAUCAUUCUGUGUAUGAAAACUUUUACUACGUGAAGAACUUCUUGGAUUGGAACUUUUGGCGCCAUCAGACUGUUGCGAGAGUUUAUAUUGAACUCUCGCGAGAUCUCGCAGAUUCCGUAAUUCUCCCCCUCGGGAUUGUGGAUUAUGCCGCCAAUCUACGUCUGGCCUCCCUUGGCUUCGAAAGAAACUUUGGAACACUUUUGAGCCAAAAUGGCGUCGUUUUGGAUGAUUUGUAUUCAGCCCUGAAUAAUUUCUCCGCGUCUGCGCAUAAUUUUGAAAGGCAACUUACUGAUAUCGAUUUGAACGAUGCCAAUUCAUUAAGACGUGUUAAUGAUCAGAUGAUGCAGCUUGAACGGGCUUUUAUUGAUCCAGCUGGACUACCAGAUCGAAAAUGGAUAAGGCAUAUCAUCUAUGCACCUAGUAGUAUCGAUUCCUAUGCCGGUACAGAGUUUCCUGCCGUUGUCGAUUCGUUGUAUCUCAUCGCAGAUGACCCCGAUCAACAGGCUCGAUGGGAUAAUGUGAGAAAGCAACUCGCCAUACUUACAUUCACCAUCCAAUCAGCCGCCAGUACACUCAAUGACGUCACACAACUUUAACGGAUAUGACAUCACACAGGAGAGAGGUCAAUAACCCUAUAAUACUGCUC